CCGCCCCGUGGGCAGGAAGGGCGGAGUUUAGCAACUUUCACUCAGGCUGCUGCUAACCGACGGUGGACGACGGCUAUGGAUUAAGGAUAUGUGUUCCGAAAGGGUGUUUUAACCCUUAGUGAGGGUUAAAGUACGUUUUUAAACACUCUGGCACCUUAAAAGCUGGCAAUAUGAUGCGUUUCCUGCUGCUGUUCAGCCGCCAGGGCAAGUUGCGAUUGCAGAAAUGGUACACGCCCAUGUCUGAUCGGGAGAAGAAAAAAAUCAUCAGGGACAUGACCACAACCGUGUUGGCACGACAACCACGCACCUGUAACUUCCUGCAGUGGAAAGACCUGAAGAUUAUUUACAAGAGAUAUGCAAGCUUGUAUUUUUGCUUGGCCAUAGAGAACCAAGAGAAUGAGCUGCUAGCAUUGGAGGUUAUUCAUCGUUAUGUGGAGCUGCUGGACAGAUACUUUGGCAAUGUGUGCGAGCUGGACAUAAUCUUUAACUUUGAGAAGGCCUAUUUUAUCCUGGACGAGUUCCUCAUGGGAGGAGAAAUACAAGAAACCUCUAAACAGAUUGUGAACCGCUCCAUUGAAGCCUCAGACAUGCUACAAGAGGAUGGCAACAGUGAUUGGUAUGAGGUGGAGCUGUUUGGAUGACCUUGAAUAUGGACAGACAGACAAUGGAGGAAUAUAUGAGCAAACCGGCAUUUUGACGCAGGAAAAAGGGACGUGAAGGGACUCAGGAGAAUACAGAAGCCAAAUAUAUUGUCUAUGAGUCAAAGAAGACUCCAUGGAAACUAGAUUAACUUCUCUGAAGCAUUUUUAUUGGAAGAAACCGGAAUAUUGAAUGCUUGCCUUCUGCCAUGCAAGUAAAUAUAAUAUUUCUUUCUCUUGCACGCUUCAAAGUGGAAGGGGUGUUCUUUUUAACAGCAAACACAAGAGUUGAGGUAAAAACAUUGUCGUGAUGAAAUUAUUUUAUGGAUUUCCUGAAUGUUAUUGUUAUGAAUAAUAUAUUUGAAUUGCUAAUUUAUGAUUUGUGUCUAUUUAAAGGAACACAUUCCUGAAUGAAAUUGAUAUGCAUAUUUGUUCUGUAUUAAUCUCAGAUGUAUUGCGCUUUAUUCUUUGCGCUAGCAUAGGUGUAAAAAAAACAUUGUUUUAUGACAAGCACUAUACAAAGGUGGAGCUUAUAAUUAAAUGCAACUUUUGAUAAAUUAGGAGGA